GUCAUUUAGAGAUCGAGACCCUUCCCAGGGGUUUUCAGCACCUCCUUGGCCAUCUCGUCACACAUCGGUGUCUUGUCAUGCGGACAGUGUUUCCUGUGCCCAGCCGUGUCUUUCAGGAGACCCAGACCCAGAAACAGGGACCCCACCACUGGUCAUUCUGGACACCUUGGGCACACCCUCAAGCCCAAGGUGCGCCUCCAAUGCCAUCCCGCUCCGCACCAUCGGAAGACUGGGUACCGGAGGCAGCGGUCAGCCGCCCCUCUCCUGCGGGUACAGAGGAGGCUCUCAUUCAGCCGGCAGUGUCUCAAGUUCCACCUGAGACUGACGCUGCUCAAGAACAGGAGCCCAUGCAGAACCCUCUUGUCCCUGGCCUUUCCUCUUCCUCCUCUGCAGAUAAAGCGGUGGCAGGGACAUCCUCCUCCGGCUCUUCUCCAAUUGACCUGCGGGCACAUCAGGACCACCUGAGGCGGGUGGCCCUGAAUAUGAAUCUUCAGGUGGAGGAGGUCCCGGAAAUAGAGGACCCGGUGGUUGAUAUCCUGUUGGCUGACACCCCCGCAAGAGUGGCCUUGCCGUUUAUCCGUAUGAUACAAGCAAACGCCGAUACCAUCUGGCAAUCUCCAGCAUCUGUUAUGCCCACAGCCAGGGGAGUUGAGUGGAAGUACAUGGUACCCUCUAAGGGGUAUGAGUACCUGUACGUGCACCCUCCUCCCUGCUCCCAUGUCGUGCAAUCAGUCAAUGAAAGGGAACGCCAUGACCAGCAAGCUGCUGCUCCAAAAUCAAAGGAGGCUAGGUGCAUGGACUUACUGGGCCGCAAGGUAUACUCUACUGGGGGCCUCCAACUCAGGGUGGCAAACCAGAAAGCCCUGCUCAGCCGGUACAAUUAUAACACCUGGAUGGUGGUGGAGAAAUUCAAGAAGUUCAUUCCCCAAGAUUCCAGCCCAGAGUUUGCUGCCCUUUUGGAGGAAGGGAAGAAGGUGGCGAGAACUUCUCUCCAGGCCUCCCUGGACGCAGCUGACUCCGCAGCCUGGACCCUGGCUUCAGGUCUCAGACCUUCCACCUGAGUUACAAACCACCAUACAGGACCUGCCCUUUGACGGUCAAGGGCUAUUCUCUGAAAAGACUGACCCCAGGCUGCAGAGCCUUAAGGACAACAGGGUCGUCAUGCGCUCCCUCAGGAUGGACACCCCGGUGAUUCAGCGCAGGUCCUUCCAUCCCCAGCCUCACCGCACUUAUCCCCCGCCUAGACUGAGACAGGACUUCGGCAGGGGAUGUGGCCAAGGCAAUCAUAGACAGCGGUCUGAACCCCAGGGGGGCCAGAAUCAAGGUCCCUCCAAACCACCUACGGGGCCAAAGCCAAACUUCUGAAGGUGCACCCGAGGAUGGCAUACUAGUUCCUUUCCAGGAUCCUUUACCUCCCUUUUCCAACCACCUUUCCUUUUUCCUCCCUGCGUGGUCCCAGCUAACUUCAGAUCUUUGGGUCCUACGCACAGUGGAACUUGGGUACCACAUCCAGUUUAUUUCCCCACCUCCCUUCUACUCCCCACCCUCUU